CCAGCUUCACCAUUCUAUUAUUACUUGAUUAUUAUUCUCUCUUGUUGCCUUUCUCAUUUUGUUCAUUGCUUACCAAUUGAUAUCUGUAACAAAUGGAGGGAAGAAAGGCAUUUGGUUGGGCAGCCAGAGACACUUCUGGAAUUCUUUCUCCCUAUUCAUUCAAUCUCAGGAAAACAGGUUCAGAAGAUGUAGUGUUGAAGGUUUUGUACUGUGGAGUGGACCACACAGAUCUUCAUCAGAUGAGGAAUGAGAUUCACAAUACCAAUUACCCUUUGGUUCCUGGGCAUGAAGUGGUGGGAGAAGUGGUGGAGUUGGGUUCAGAGGUAAAUAAAUUUAGACUUGGGGACUUGGUGGGAGUUGGAUGUAUAGUUGGGUCCUGUGGAGAAUGCCUGUCUUGCCAAUCCAACAUGGAGCAAUAUUGCCACAACAAAAUCUUCACUUUCAAUGAUACCAACAAAGAUGGAAGUCCCACAAGGGGAGGCUUCUCCUCUGCCAUGGUUGUUCAUCAAAGGUUUGUGGUUCGAAUACCCGAGAAGCUAGCACCGGAUCAGGCAGCUCCAUUGUUGUGUGCUGGGGUGACAGCUUACAGUCCACUGAAGCAAUUCAUGGGUUCUAAUAAGGUUCUCAAGGCAGGAAUAUUGGGUUUAGGAGGAGUUGGUCAUCUGGGUGUGUUAAUUGCAAAGGCAAUGGGUCACCAUGUGACUGUGAUAAGUUCUUCCGAUAAGAAGAGGGAAGAGGCUUUGAAAAUUUUAGGUGCAGAUGCUUUUCUGGUGAGCUCCAAUGCAGCUGAGAUGGAGGGAGCUGCUAAUAGCCUUGACUAUAUUCUUGACACGGUGCCAGCUUUGCACCCGCUGCGAUCGUACCUUUCGCUGCUCAAGGUUGAUGGGAAACUCAUAAUAGUUGCUGCUGUACCUAAGCCUCUGCAGUUGGAUGCAGUUGACAUAAUUCUAGGGAAGAGGACCAUUACCGGGAGCUUCAUCGGCAGCAUGGAAGAAACUCAGGAAAUAUUGGAGUUCUGGGCAGACAAGGGUUUGAAGUCUUUCAUAGAGACUGUAAAGAUGGAUUAUGUUAACGAGGCAUUUGAGAGAAUGGAAAGGAAUGUUGUGAGGUUUAGGUUUGUCCUGGAUGUAGCUGGCAGUAACCUGGAAUGAUCAAAGACAAUUCUGUCUACAAUAACUCUGCCAAUUCAAGAAUAAACUUGUGCUUUGUUUCUUAUUGUGGAUCAGCAAGCUAUGGCCCAUCGAUUGGCCAUGGCUAGUGCAAUUUUGCAGUUUACAGUUGGCGUUGCAGCUGUCAGCCAUUCUACAGUUCUGUAUGUGUUUGUA